AUGCUGCGUGAACAGCUAACACCACAGCAGAACCACCAAUGGGAACACACAUGCAGCACACUGAGGAGCAUUGCAGAGGGUUUGCUUGGCACCCGACAACGCAGGAGCACAGGCUGGAUCUCGACACGCACAUGGGAGCUUAUCAGUAGAAGAAAUUCCCUCAAGUCGAAAGCGGAUCACGACUGCAGAGCCCGUGAUGAAUACAAGGAACUCUGCAAGCUAGUGAAGAAAUCGGCCAGAAAUGACAAGAGAGCACUGAUAGAUAGACUUUUAGAAAAUGCAAAGAGCGACGCCAACGCCAACAACAUGCGCUCACUAUACCAGACAAUUGGUAAGCUAUCUGGAAGCUACCAAAAGCAGAACCAUCCAGUACAAGAUGUCAACGGAACACUCCUUGUCGAUGAUGAUGCCCAGAUCCAUAGAUGGCGACAACACUUCUUAGAAAUCAGUCACACAGAGCAUGUGAACAGCGCAGAUAACGACUUCAGAAGUAUUGUACCCAACACCAACACCAGAAUUCCCCACACGACACCAUCUGUUAGAGAAAUUCGAGAUGCAAUCAGGAAAUUGAAGAACAACAAAGCAGCUGGAGAGGACGGAACUGUACCCGCAGAACUGCUCCAAGUUGACACGCUUCUAAUGGCCGAAACGUUGCACCCGCAUUUCGAGAGCAUAUGGGAGAACGAGCGAAUCCCCCCAUCUUGGAAGAAAGGCAUCAUCGUAAAAUUACCGAAGAAAGGAGACCUCAGUGAUUGCAAUAAUUGGCAAGGAAUCACCCUGCUGAACACCAGUUACAAAGUGCUAGCUACUUUACUGAAUGAACGUCUACUGGAAAAAAUCGAACCAACAAUACGCGAUGAACAAGGAGGUUUAGGCCACACAGAAUUUGCGUAG